CACAUGACAUCAAAAUGGCGGAGUGAAGACGGAAAAACAUUUUGUUGUUAUUUAAUGUUUAGCUACAAUUUAUAAGAAUGGAAGAACACCUGACUAAAAGAUUAGAGGGAUUAACAGUUUUAAUUGGUUUGGAUGAAAAUACAAGUAAUCUCUUUAACUUUUUUUGCAACGCUCUAUACCUAGGUCAGUGGGAGUUAGCCAGAGCGUGUGUGCAUAUUCUUCGAAAGACAAACCAGAAGCCCGUAGAUUUUGUUCAAGAUAUAGCCCGUCAACCUUUUAAUAGAUGUGUGUACUCACCAUCAGUGCCCAGUGCAUGUCACCUGGCCUGGCUGAGCCAUCUGGAGACCCAGGACACCACAACUAGGGACACGCACCAGGAUUUGGCUGAGUUCCAUUUUCUCCUACUUGAAGUCUGUCCUUACAUAGCCGAUAUACAUUUAAAGGAGCUGUAUUCGUACUUUAAAUGGCUACACACCCCUAUGACCUCACUGACCCCAGGUCACAUGCUGACCCUGUCGCCUGGACUACUGAAGUUCCUGCAAACAUUACUGACCACCCACACCCGCCUUGCCCACAACCUUAUAACCCACAUCACCCACACCCCCUCCCACGGGGACUUAGAACCCCUGACCAAGAACCAUCGGGCGAUUCAAUUUGUGUACAUGAACGCAGUAAACGGGCUGCUGGACAGUCUGACCCAGUCAGACCUUGAUGAGGAUCUUAAACACAGCCAUGUUGGCAAGAUUUAUGAUAUCUUGGCCCUGUUUGACCUGCCGCGGGAUAUCUCGCCACAGUUGGUUAAGCCAGUCCUAUCGAAGCUUAUUGAGGUCGCCAAUCUGUGGCCGGGACUUUUGAAGAAUCAAGCAGUAAUGUCUGUGUUAGUUGGUCAGGGGGAUACUUGUAUGCUGGAAGAGUUUUGUCGGUUGGAUUACGAAGCGGAGACGAACAAAGCAGUGGAAACGUACCAGAUUUGUGCAGAGUUAAGCGAGGAGCAACGAUGGCUGCUGCACCUGUUGUCGCUCACGGAUGCUAACUGUCGCUGGAAGAUGAUGCUCAUGUUUGCUGUCAAAACGAAGAGGCAUGUUCUGGAAGUUAUAAUGGAGACCGGCCUGGCGCUGAUCAAGUGCAGCAUGUUCAACAAGCUAUCUGCUCUGCUGGAGCCGCCAGAGUUACAUCCCUUGAAACCUCUCCUGCUCUUGCUGGGCUGGACUUCCUGCAUCAACAGUUCUGAAGGGAGAGAACUCCUGCACACACUCUGGAAUAAAAAGAGUGACAGCGAGCAUCCUGCCAUCACCAUGGGCUGUAAGAAGCUGGCCUACCAGAUCGAUCUUAUACAGUGGUGUGUGGAGAAGGCCAGACCCCUGAUGAAGGAGGAUGUGUCUGGUCCGCGCUUGUCACGCUCAGUGGACCUGUUCCGUGGCCUGGAGAGCCACUCUGUGCUGUACGUACUCAACACCUCCACCCGCCUGUCAGCUCUUGACCAGGGCGAGGUACUGCAGCUGCUACAGAAAGUGCCGCUUACACUGCAGCCCGAGGACAAAGACAAGAAGCGUGUCAAGUCGGUCCGGUUUCAGGAGUUUGAAGAUCCAUCCCCGGUCUCCUCUACCCCGGACUCAGACUCUCCCAGCCUAAGUCUGGAUCAGCUCAAGGACAUGAGUAUCUACACGGGAUUCUGCGCUCUCAAGAACGUCAUGGACGCCAUAUGGUACUGCGCGCAAUCCCCCGACGUACGACUGUCCAGACCUGUCCUACUGCAGGGGAGACAUGCCCUGUCCCGGAGGCUGAUGUCCGGCAGUAGCUCGGAGUCGGAUCGUUCCAGAUCCAACAGCGAGGUCUCUCUUCCAGACGACACCAAUCUGGGGAGUAAUGAUGUCGUCAUCAACGAAAGUCCUGGUGUUGAGUUAAAUAUUCACACUCUUUAUGCUGAGAAUGUGACUUCUAAACUGAACGCUGCCAAAAAUUAUCUGGCUAAACUUCAGCCGUUGACAUUUCGAGUUGAGAUGUUGGAGAAUGUGUUUAGUCUGCUGUUUGUAACCCAUGACGACAUUCAGGACAUUCUUCAGGCCUCAGAAUAUAACAGUGAUGAAGGUGAUGACUCUAAAAGUGCCAGCGGUGAUGUACAAACCCCUGUGUUAACGCCCAUCAAAGAACUCCCUUCAAGGGGCAAAACUGGUGUGGCAAAGCUACAAGAUAAUACUAAUGUUACUGCUGCUUAUGAUGAGCCAUAUGUAGAGACCCCAACAGGAAGCCAUGUGGACCAACCCUCUAUUGAGGCUGAUGAAAAGAUUGACAUGAACAAAGUUGGCAAGGCGUUGGAAAACAUUAAGGCUCAUAUUUCAAAGAAACGCCAUAAGAGCAGUGACGACAAUUGGCUCGACAGAAGGUCAAGCGUGUCAGAAAACAUCAGUUCCCUAAGUGCGUCCAGCUCUGUUAAUAUGGACUUGAUUGGGUUUAUAUGCAGCGAGUAUCUGGUCAGAGACAUACUGGCAAUGCUUAAAGACUGCAUUCUGGAUGUCUCGGCCGCUAAAUUCCAUAUCCAUGGCAACAAAACAGAUUCAAGGGACCGUUAUAAACCAGUAAGGGAGGCUGUUACAAAAGCCACAGUUGACCUGGACCCCAACAUUGAGGAACCUCUAUGUCAUCUUGUGAAGUCUAGCGUUACUAUGGAAACGUUGCAGAAGAGAAUCACUCAGCUGGAGAAGUUCACAAGUGAGGCCCACUGGAGGUAUCAGCUAGUAUCAGACGAGCACAUUCCCCUUGCCCCGGGAGAGGUUCUGUCAGAGGUUGUCAUGACAACGGGGGGCAUGUCUGACGACGAGGUCGAGAUCAAGGACAAAAAAGGCAGCAGACGACGGAGAUCUAGUUCUUCAAAGAAUGGUAAAGAUGCACAGGAGUUACAUGCAGGUCGAAGGCCGUCGCAAGGAAGGCAUUCUGUCUCCAGGGUGUCAGUUGCUAAGAUACCGGGAGGUCAAUCAAGGUCAAGUUCACGUCAGCUGGUGUCCACAAUGCUAGCCAGUCCUGCCAGCCUGCUCACCAUGUCCAUCCGGCGUGGACAGACCACGCAGACCAGGCAGAUCAUCAAGUUGUUCAAGCUGGACGCCACCCCUGAGGCGGUGGAGGUGUAUUUCUCACAGGCCAUGGAGAAGGCCGUUCAUGCUGUACAGAGGUCUCCUGGCAAGGACACCCAAGGUCAAGGGGUCAAGGUCGGUCUGAGGGGCGUGGCAGCUGCAGCGGCCGCUGGAUUGGCCAAUGUGACGAUCUCUGACAUAGCAGAUGAACUACUGAAAUCUCCCCAUCUGCCAGAAAUACCUGUACCUCUGAAUGUAGUGUCUCUUCCCAUUAACAUUGCUCAAGUGCUUUGUAAGGAUAAUGGUCCUUUGAUAAUUCUCUUAGAUUUGAUGCUAAUUGCUACCAAUUCUUGGGAAGUUUGCAGUCAUUUGAUGGCUUCCAUAACAUCUAAACUAGCUGGGCAUACAGUCCCUGUUGAUUCCAGUACGGCAGCUCAAGAUUCAAGAAACGCUUCCACCAAACAACGAGUGAGUAAGAUCCGAACGUUCCCAGAUAUUGUAAGCCAGCUACAGAAACUGCUGAACCUGGGAAUUGAGGAGGAGAUUCCUAGCAGGGAGCACAUUCUUCUCUCUAGGACCUUCCAGAGAAGCCUCCAACAUUACCUCAGUCAUGCAACGCUGUCUUUAAGUGCCGAAAAAAAUAAAGAAUAUGUGAUCCUAUGUCAAAACUUAGCCAUGUGUAUCUCAAGGACCAAUGAUGCUUUCACGCUGAGUAAAUCCAAGAGUCCUGGGUCGCCGGAAUCUACCGCACAGUCAAUGGUGGUCGAUGAGCGUGAAAGGUCAAGGUCACGGUUGAGUUCAGGGUCAAGAUCUAGGUUAGGGUCAGCGGCAGAUCGUCCUGUGAUUCAUCACUGCUUCAAACAACUCAUACAUUUGAUGGAGAAAGACGUCCCAGCCAGCGGCCUGCUGGCCUUUGUCAACAAGUGUCAGUUGUCUUCCAACCAGACAGCAAGGCGCAACUAUUUGUUGAACGUGUAUGAACAUUGCAAGGAGCUUGCUUUUCUGGUGGAGGAAGCAGAAAUUAAAGACAAAGAUGGAGUUGUUGCUCCCAAGAACUACUUUCAUGUUCUUGAGGAAGGACCUCUACGUAUUCUUGGGCGCAUGAUGUUCACCAAGAAAAUGGCCCCUGCCAAACUUGAGAAGGUUGCAAGUAAACUGAGCCUCAACCUGACCCACAUCAUCGUGUACAGCUGCUGUGAGCGGGUUCCCAGUAAACGACUACCAGCACUCACAGCAACACCAGGGCAAGAAGUGGAGAGGGUUCAAGGUCAGGGUGUACACAACAUGGGGCAGUAUACGGGCAAUAGCAGCUAUGUGGGGCCAGAGGAAUGUGUCAGACAGAUCCUUACCAAGCUCAUUGCUGUCAUGAAAGAUGUUUCCCAUGGGUGUAAUGCCAGCGGCAUCUUUGACAGGACCUGUGCUCAGCAAAUUUGGAAGCGUGCAGAUUUUCAUGAGGUGAUCACUCAAGCACGUCUUCUACAGUCAGCUGACCUUUCUGACCUUGACCCUGCCCACAGGAAGUGUUUCUACGGCAACCUGCUGUCACUGAUGACUGUCCACUGUUUCCUCCACCACCAGCAGACAGUUGAUUCCCAGAAUGCAGAGGACUCAGAGGCUGGGGAAGUUGGAGUACCCUUCACAAAUUUGUCUCCCAUCGACCAACUCAUGGUGCUCAGUGACUUCUCCUACAGGGUCGGGCAACUGGGUGUGGUCAGUGUGUUUGACCUGCGGUACCAGAUAUGUCGGACUGGGUUACCUGCCCCUUCAGAGUGGGGUCCAGUACUGAAGCACCGACUGUAUGACCUUGACCCCUGUGACCCCUGGGUGACUUUUGCUCCAACCCCUGACCCACUUCUGCUGUUUGGAACGACAUCUUGCUGCGUGUCUUCACCACCACUGCAGGUGUUAGAGCCAUCAAAGGUUGAGGAACAACUGAGGAGCAAUAUAGCAGGCUACUUGGAGGCUACAGUCAACAUACAUCUGGACCAGAAUCAGGUGAGAGUCCCAGAGCUGUUGCUAUGGUACCGGCGAGACUUCCUGGCAACAACUGACCAUUCGGAGGGAGGGGACAGCAUGGGGGACCUGCUGACAUUUGUCUCCUUCCUGCUGGGUGGGGACAAGGGAACACAACUCCUGACGCUCCUGAAAACAGAUAAGCAGAAACAACAACUUGACAAAGACGGAAAAAGUAAAGUUACUAUCGACAUAGAAGUCUUGCCAUUCUGUAAGGAAUAUUUGGUGUCCUUCGAUUUUAAAUCACUCAAUGAAAACAAGCCAUUGGAAAAUGACUCCUCAAAACCAAACACGCAGCCAUUGGACAGACACUCUAGUGAUGUGGCCACCACAUACAAUCUUACUCCCAAUACCAUGGAAUACAUCAAGUCAGACUGUCCUCUCAUUGCUACACUGGUCAGCCUCAUGUGCCAGGACAACUUUGACGAAGCCUUGAUAGACAACGUGUUUGGCGACCAUUUUGAGAACAGUGGAAGCCCGGGAUCACCAGUGCAGUCCAAGUAUCAGUUAAAUCUGGAGCGAUCUCGCGCUGCGUCCUCCAUGAGUACACUGGAUAUUAGGAGUUACCGCUAUGAGAAACUCGAGAAUGACUACCCGGCAUUGAAGCGUCGUCUGCUAAAUUACAUUGUGCCCCUUGCGGCCACAGAAGAUCCAGAGAUUCUCAAAGGUGGUGACCCGAUCUUGAAACUCCUUACAAGCGAUGUCCUGGAACGAUUCAAGACCAAUAUGCUCAGUCUGCAUGAAAGUCAGAAUUUCAGAGGACUCUUGUCUGACCUACUUAAUGAGCUGCUGAGUGUGAGAAAGUGGCCGCAAAUGCUCAAGAUUAUUGACAGCAUUCCUGUGAAUAUUGUCCAUAAACAUGCUAGCAUGUCCAAUCUACAUGACUUCAUAGUGUGUUGUGCAGUACACAAGGUGGCCAGUGAGUCGCCAAGAGAGGCAUUAUUUAGUGCCGAGAAUUCCAGUAUGGUGGUGUGUCUCCUGUCCAGAAUGAUCUCCCCUGAGAGACGUGUUAGACAGGUGCUUGCGGUUCACAGACAGUUGAGGAUUGAGCACUGCCUGGACAUGUUUGAAGUGUGCGUGCACAGUCAGUGUGUCAGCGUGGGCUUGAUGGAUUCUCUACACACCAGAUACAGUCAGCUCAAGGUCUAUCACAGGAUCACAGAGUGUGCCAAGAAUCUGCAGAUCAAGUUGUCCAUGCAGGGAGCCGACUUUCUGUCUGCAGACGACAGGCUGGCCAAUCAGAAGAGACACAACAUUCUACAGCAAUUCACCGACUGGUCAAAUGUUGUCACAUGGACCAGGAACACCCCACGUGAAGUCCUGGGUCUACUGACCAAGGCUGGUGACUUCAAAACUGCCAAGACCUGGGCACAGCUUGAGAAUCUCCCUGAAGACAUCAAAACGGACAUAGAGGUGAACCACAUUAUAGCCCUGCUCAACCUGAGCCCUCCUAACACAGCCCAGGCAUUCAUGGUAAGCCCUCCCAACACAGCCCAGGCAUUCAUGAUCCUAGAGGGCCUGAGGUCGUGCAGUGUGGAAGUGUGUCUGGAGACCAGCAGGAAGUUCCUGGACACGUUCUCCAAUCAGCAGCACAUCAUGUUUGUGGCCAGUUACAUGCUCAAACAGCUGGCGUCCAGUCUUAGUGGCGCAGAGCAGACUCGAGUUAGACUGGUGCACAUAGGGGCACGGAUGGUGCAGUGCCUGCCGGUACAGAUGCACUCAGAGUACAGCCACCUUGUGUCAAAGCCUCGCUUUAUCUUGGAGCAACUCCUCAUGAACAUGAGACCAGAGCUGGCUGGGAAGGCAUUCAGUGUCGUCCAGGAGGAGUUCACACUUGUACCAGAUCCCGCAUUCAAGUUCUCACCGGAGCAGUUCAACAUGUUGGUGUCACUUUAUGCGAAGAAAGCGCUUGAGUUCACAGUGGUGCAGUGUAUUGAGGAGCCUGUGAAGGAGCGCAGCCUGUCGGUGCGGUCAGUUUCCUCCCAGGAUCUAGAGAGACUGAGCCCCCUGCCCCGCCCUAGUAUUGCGCCAACCCGCCCUGACCCCUCGAUGAAGAGACGCAGCAUUGACCUUCAGGGUUCUAUAAGACUGGGGCUUGCGUCCAAGCGCACUGACAGCCCUUCAUCCCGGUCAGCUGUGCUGGGAAGCCGGGAGCCGUUUGUGAUGCCGUCAGAGCCGCCCGCCCGUGACCAGUGGGUACCAGACUCUGCAGUGUCUGUUUGCAUGGUGUGUCACGUGGAGAGAUUCAGCAUGUUCUCCAGACGGCACCACUGUCGACGCUGUGGGCGUGUUGUGUGCGGGGCCUGCUCUGCCAAUGUCUCCAUCAUCAAGGGCAUCAGUGCCCGCACAUGUGAUGACUGCUACGGGGAAAUCAACAAAUCAAGCGAGAUUCUCGGAGACAGGCGUCUGUCUUCCGCGGAGAUCUACUCCCGUCAGCGACUGAGUGACGCAAGUCCAGGGGGAUCUCCCGUUACCACAGCAUUCAGCCACGCCUCCAUGGCGUCCAUGGCGAUAAGCGAGCAGGCGACCACUAAUAGCCUGGCAGACAUCGUGAACCACUCACACUCGGCGUGGAAACUGCAGACGGACGAGGAGUAUAACGCAAACAUGCGUGAGGACUUCUACUUUGAACAGGCCCCCAGCACCUCCCUGUGCAUCUCCAUCCUGAAUCUCCAUAGCAACGGGCGUGAGUGUGGGCGUCUGAUCCUGGGCCUGUGUGACACGCUGUCCUGUCUGCUCAAGCCUUUGGCUCCUGGCGUCCCCAACCCUGAGGUGGACUACAACCUCAUCAUGAGUAUGAUGAAGUACCUAUUGUUCCAUGCCAAGAUGAAGUUCACACGUCACGGUGACAACGCUGGUAUGGGUCGCUGUGAUGUGUACCAGGGCCUGGUUGACCUGCUAGGACUACUGGUAGUGGACAACUACCCUGAUCUGCCCUCAUUAGAGGAGCUCACCAAGGUGGAGAGUGUCAGACGAUUGCGUGACAAGUUGAUUGCAGAUGAGCGGUUGUCGUUAGCGAUGGAGGUGUCUACAAAGUGUGGGUUGGACCCGGCAGGUGUGUGGGUGGCUUGGGGCAUGAUGGCCCUACAGAGCGGAGACUUCACUACCGCCAGGGACAAGUUCAGCAGGUGCCUCAAGCCUGUGAAGGACCGUAAUGUGUGCACGCCAAUACCCUCAGUGGUGAAAGACAUCGUUGAAUGCCUUGAGAGCAUGCCCGGCACUGGAUCUAUGGAGAUCCAGGUCCUGUUAGCCAACCCAGGCUCCAUCAAAAGUCUCAUCUCUACUCCGUCCAGUACGUUCUUUGAGGAGACCAGUAUGGACUCGGCCCAGUUCCAGGAGUGUGUGUUCUACCUGCGCACAUAUGGCACCUACCUCUCCCUCGUAGACUUCCACCGUCGCCAUGGAUACUUCAUGAAGGCCGUGCAGUAUAUACUGGACCAUAAGUGCAGCGUGGAGGUGUACAUUGAGGGACUGCUGCGUCCGUCUAUCGAGUGUGGGGAGCUGGGGCGCCUCAAGGACCAGAUGUUGCUGAUCGACCCCUCCCUGGAGAGAUGGAACCCCUUCCUCACGGCCACCUGCAGACACCUCGUGAAGAACAAGCUGCACCACCUGCUCCAUGACUUCCAGAUCUUCAUGAAGGAUUUCAUCAGAGCUGGCAUCACAUGCUUCACGUAUUUCUACCAGGAAGGGGCACAGAGUUACCUUGACUUAGCUCGCAGGAUCACAUUCCUGUUCACUGCACAGCAACACAUGCAGGCCUACCUGGAGCCGGCCCACUGGGGGAAUGUCCAACAUCCACUGUCUGUGAGGCAGAGACAGGAGGGAGACAGGGACGACAGUACGGCUGUUAGGCUGGUAAAGGGGCCAGAGGAAGUGUCCAGAUACAUGAAGACGAUAGCCCUGCAGAUUGAGGUCACCAAGUACCUGCAAACCAGUUUCUCCGGGCCCACGGGAGAGGCCCUUGCUACUCGGGCAGCAGGGCUCUCCAAGUUACCCACGCUGUUUGCGGGUCAGCCAGUGAGGAAUGACCUCACCAUCAUGAUCCUUUUGUGCGGUGAAAACCUGGAGACGUCCUUUACCCUGGCACUCAGGAUCAUUAAGGAAUACAAGCUGGGUGCUGUUGGGAUAUUUACGCAUGUUGCUAGGGAGAUGGCCAAGCUGCGUUCCUAUGACAACCUACGUGGAUUGCUAGGCUGCGUGGAGAAGACAGAGUACAGCUCGGAUGAUGUCAUGGAUGAGAUACUGGGGGCGUGUCUGAUUGUUGUGGCAGAUAUACCCGAGGAGGCAAAGGAGGCAGAGAAUAUCAUCAAAAUGCUGAGAAAGGACGCUAACAAGAUCAACGCAUACAUUCUGUGUGGGAAGCUCAAGUCUGCCUACCUGCUGGCGGUGAAGGACGGUCGAACAGAGGAAGUGAGAAGAAUUUUACGAGCAGCCAAGAGUAUGAACCAACCGGCAGUGGUCAAUAUUUGUAACAAGUGGCUGGAACAGAACAGUGCUUGACCCGUAUGAACCAGCCUGCAGUGGUCGAUAUCUGUCACAAGUGUCAGAACAGUGUUUAAUCCAUUAUGGACAAUAACAGUGCUUGACCAGUAUGAACCAGCCUGCAGUGGUCAAUAUCUGUAACAAGUGACUAGAGCAGAAUAGUGCUUGACCUGUAUGAACCAGCCUGCCGUGGUCAAUAUCUGUAACAAGUGGCUGGAACAGAACAGUGCUUGACCAGAAUGAACCAGCCUGCAGUGGUCAAUAUCUGUAACAAGUGACUGGAGAAGAAUAGUGCUUGACCAGUAUGAACCAGCCUGCAGUGGUCAAUAUCUGUAACAAGUGACUGGAGAAGAAUAGUGCUUGACAGGUAUGAACCAGCCUGCAGUGGUCAAUAUCUGUAACAAGUGACUAGAGAAGAAUAGUGCAUGACAGGUAUGAACCAGCAUGCAGUGGUCAAUAUCUGUUACAAGUGCCUGGAGAAGAACAGUGCUUGACCUGUAUGAACCAGCCUGCAGUGGUCAAUAUUUGUAACAAGUGGCAGAACAGUGCUUGACCUGUAUGAACCAGCCUGCAGUGGUCAAUAUUUGUAACAAGUGGCAGAACAGUUCUUAAUCCAUGGUGGACGAUAAUGAAUUCUAUUAGAUACAAAGACAAUUGAUCAUCAGUUGCUAACAUCUGUAACAAGUGGAAAUAACUGGGCUUGAAAUGCAGCACAUUUGAAGAAUCAAUCAUUAAGGAAUGUGGUGUUUCUGUAGAAUUUUAUGUUUAAAGUAAAAGUGCAAUAUUUAAAUAAUCUGCACAUGUUUAUAAAAAUGUCUCCAUUGGCAUAGUUGUUUAGUUAGCAGGUUUUAGUCUCACAUGAGCCCUUUUUGAUAAAGACCUCACAUGUUGCAUAUACUGGUAGACAUCAUUCGUGACAGAAACCAAUCAUAUUAUUAAAUGUGAAACUGUUUGUAUAGCAAUUGUGGAAACAUGCAAGCUGUUAAAGAAAUGACUUAUUUUAUGUAAGACUUCAAAUACAAUUUGCUGUGCAAAUGCGUAAAGAACACUCAUGCUCAUACUCCAAUACCUUUGUGGAACAUUGUCCCAAAAACUUUAGGGUAUUCUGGUUUUGCGUAGAUAUUGUGCAUAUGUUUAUAAAGGUAGAUAAAUGGGACCUGACAAAUACUCCUUUUUGUAGAGGUUUUUGAUUUGGAGGGUUUUCACAGUGUUUAUGUUCAAGGGGUCUCUAUUGUCUACAUCAAUAAUAUUAUUGUUAUUAGAUUUUUUUUUCUCGCAUAUCAUGUAUAAUAAAAUUUUGACCAUGUGUAAUGGAGCCUUGUCCUGCAAACCUGGGCUUAAUGCAUGUGCAAAGUGUGGUCCGCACAAGCUUAUCAGCGAUAAAACUUUACGCUUUUAUGGAACUUUUCGUUUGAAGGAUGUCUCUUUCAAAAGAAAAUUGAGUGUAGAGGGAAAGUGAUGUCCCUAUUAGCCUGUGUAGACUGUUCAUACUGCACUCGCUUAUCUGGGAUGACACUUUAUGCACAUGCAUUUAGCCCAAUGUUACCAGACUGAGACUCAAUAGAUGACCUGCAGGUGCACCAGACUUGUGCUGCAUAACUGUGGGUUUUUUUGAUUUCAUAAAUAUUCACUGCCUGUACAUCACUACCUGAAUGGCCACGUGCUACCUUUGGGCAUUUAUUGAACUUUAUCCUGUCACAUGCCUUUAAAUCAGCCUGAUAACCAGGUAACCUAAUAUCCCAAUAUUCUCUAUUUUUUUUUUCUAUGUUUAUUGCCUGGUGCUGAUUGUUGUGUUAUUUGAAGUGUAGUUCGAUGUCAAAAUAAAUGCAAAUUUAACGUAAAACUAUGCUUCCAAAAUACAUUAACGAUAUUAUUAGUAUUUGUUUUUAUAUUACUUGAUAAUUUGUUAACUUUGUUUUUUACGGGUGCAUGUUAUACAACAUAUUUAUUAAACAUGUAUUAACCAU